GUGGAGGAAUUGAGGCUGAGGGAGACGCUGGAGAAGCACGGUGGGUGCGUGAAUUGCGUGAGUUGGAACGACGAUGCGUCGCUGUUGAUCUCUGGGAGCGAUGAUAUGACGGUGUGCGUGUGGGGGUGCGGGGCGAAGAUGCCGCUGAAGGGGUCGGCGUUCACGGGGCACACGCACAACGUCUUCGCGAGCGAAUUCGUGCCGCAAUCGAACAGCGCGUACUGCGUCACGACGUCCGCGGAUGGAGACGUGCGGUUGGUGGAUUUAGAGCGUGGGUUUCGAGGGCCCGCGCCCGCGCAUUACGGCGCGGGGAUGGGGUUCGGCAUGACGUUCGUGCCGAACGAACCGAAUACGUUUUUGUCGUGCCAUCAAGACGGUCGCGUUCGUUUGUUCGACUUGAGGCAAAGUCACGGUGGUUUCGAAGGAAACUCACACGAAAUCGUCGUCGAUUUGAGCGCGUGCGGGCCGACGUCGGAAAUCGUGUUCGACCCGACGGCGCCUACGACGUUCGCCGCGUGCUCGGACGAUCCUCACGUGCGCGUGUUUGAUCUCAGACACGUCAAGAGUAACCGGCGAGAAGCGGCGCGCGAAUGUCCAGCGGCACCGAGCGUGCGAAGCCCGGGCUUUGAGGGUAUAUCUGGCCUGGCUUACUCGUCCAAGGGCGAACUCGCGAUUAACUGCAAAGGCGACGACGUGUACCUGUUGGACACUCGCCGAGCGGCGGCGAAUAUCAAUUCUGAGGAACGUAUUUUUAAGUCGUUCUCCGUGCCGUGGGAAAUGCCGAUCACGCAUCAGGCGGCGAAGAGGUACGUCGGACGCAGAAAUGUGAAAACCUUCUUAAAGGGUGUCGCUUUUAUGUGCGACGAUGAGUACGUCACGACGGGUGGUGACGAUGGCAACGUAUACGUCUGGCACAAAGAUACGUGCGAGCUCGUGUGCAAAAUGCAAGCAGACAGUCAGGUGGUGAACACCGUUUUGCCGCACCCGCACUUGCCGACCAUCGUGUGCUGCGGUAUAGACAAUCACGUGCGCGUCUUC